CUCCUCCUCUGCUGGGAUCUCCAUCCCCCUCCCCCUCCCUCCUCCUCUGCCGGGAUCCACUACCUCCAUCGAGAUCCUCUAUCUGCAUAGAGAUCCCCUUCUCCCUCCACCACCGAGAUCCCCCUCCCCUUUCCACCCAACUGUCCCUCCUCCGCUGCUACGUUCCAUCCUCCAAUAUAAUGUUAUAAUAAUAAAAAAACACACACGAAAUGCUGCAGACUCUGGAAAUCGAAAAACAAACAAAUUGCUGGAGAAACGCAGCAGGGCCUGGCAGUGAUUGUGGAAAGAGCAAUGGAGUUAACGUCUAUUCUCCUCUUUCUCCAAACCCCCAACUGUCCCCACCCUGAAACCUCCAAGCUAAUCAUCCCGUGGGGAGAGGGGAUCUGGGCAAAGUGAUGUGGAGGUAACCGUGAAUAAAUAGACUCCUUACCUAUCUGCAUUCCUGGAGGCGUCCACAUAUCGUCUCAUCUUUGAUAGCUGUCUUAUGGUGAAACUUUCAGUCAUUACUCCUUGGAGUAUAGAUGAGUUUAUUGCAGCAGAGGGUGGUGGAUGCUGAAAUUAUAUCCCCCCUUUUGUGUAGGAGAAUUGAGAGCUCGUUUAAAGAUUUGGGGGGUUUCCAUCGAAGGUGCGGGUGAAAGGCGUUUCUUCUGAGUGUCAUUUUUAUGCCCAAUAGCAGCCGUGUCGAUGGUCACAAAACCCAUCUGGUUCACUGAUGUCGUUCAGAGGAGGAAUUCUGGCGUCCCUAGCCGGUCUGGCCUACAUGUGACUCCAAGCCCACGGCGAAGUGGCUGACUCCUAACUGAAAUGGUCUAGCAAGACGUUCGAUUGAAGUGCCAAUAGGGGUGGCGCCAUAAAUGCUGGCUUUGCCAGCAGCGGCCGUAUAACCAAAUAAUUCUUUAUUCGUUUUGCCCUGCCGCCUGGACUGUACAAAAGCAAGGGGUGCCAGUUCAAAGCGGGUGCCGGAAAUGAGAGCCUGCAGGGGUUCUCGAUCGGCAGGUCAGGUCGAGACAGGAGGAGAGCUGAUCAUCAUUCAUUUUCCUUUCCCAGAAGCGUUUAAACGUACUCCACAGAGGUUAGCUGAUCAUUUUGGGUGGAACUUGUGCAAAAAUGUCUGAGCUAUAGUAUCAGCUGCAGCUCUUUGGGUUAUAGGAAGGCUACGAGGGCAUGAGAAAGGUCUCCAUUCGCGAACGCUGCACGAUUUGGAUCUGUUGGUUUGCCCCGAAGCGCAUCUGGAUUUAUUUUCUCCCUCCAUCCAGUUGUUUUCCGUAGGGUGUAUGAUGGGAGGUAAGCAUGGCUGAUGAGAAAAAAGUGAAGAUCAGCAAUACGCUGCUUCCCACCGAGUCAAUGAAGGUGAUCGCUGAGUCCAUAGGAAUCUCCCAGCUCUCCGAGGAAACGUGCCAAAGCUUGACUGAGGAGGUCAGCUAUAGGAUCAAAGAACUGACGCAGGAUGCGUUGAAGUAUAUGUACCACGGAAAACGGAAGAAGCUGACGACAGUCGACAUCGAUUGCGCUCUGAAGCUGAAAAAUGUUGAGCCGCUGUACGGGUUCCACGCCCAGGAGUUCAUUCCCUUCCGCUAUGCCAGCGGGGGUGGGCGGGAGCUCCACUUUUACGAGGAGAAGGAGGUCGACCUCAGCGACAUCAUCAACACACCUCUCCCGCGGGUGCCGUUGGACGUCUGCCUGAAAGCUCACUGGCUCAGUAUAGAAGGAGUGCAACCUGCAAUCCCAGAGAAUCCCCCACCAGGUAAGCUUUGGCACAGUCCCGUGACGAGCGGUGUGCCACAGCGAUCGGUACUGGGUCCACUUUUGUUUGUUCACUUCUACAAAUGA